CUGAUUUCUGGGUGGAAAGAGAAGGGAAAAAGUUGGUCUCUUGGUUAAUGUGGACCCAUCAUACGAAGCUGAGAGAGUAGAAAGAGAAAGAGGCUGCUGAAGGAAAAGAAUGAGAUACAAAAUAUUAAUCCUGUUGCUAUUGAUGUUAAUAUCUCUUUAUGCCCUGUACAGAGAAUACCAUUUCAGUACAAAGAAACUGCGGAUGUCAUAUCAGUGCUGGUCUCUGAAAAACGAGCCAGAACUACAGCUACUAAACUGGUUCAACUCCACAUACAGCAUGAACUCUACACAUGUGCGCAUGAGAGCUACUAACUGGUCGGCUCCCAUCGUGUGGACAGACACUUACAAUGAGUCAGGCUUGAAAAAGUAUUAUAAAAAGCAUCCAGUUUCUGUGGGGUUGAUUGUGUUUGCAGUGGGAAGAUACCUUUGGUACUACUUACAAAACUUCCUGAUAUCUGCUAAUACGUUCUUCAUGGUGGACCAGAGGGUCAUCAUUUAUGUCAUGUUGGAUGACUUUUCCUAUAUGCCAUUUGUAAGUCUGAAUCGCCACCGGACGUUAAAAAUUUUUAAAAUUAAACGAGAGAGGAGGUGGCAAGACAUCAGUAUGAUGCGCAUGAAGAUCAUCAGUGAACACAUCGCGGAUCACAUACAGUAUGAGGUUGACUAUGUCUUCUGCAUGGAUGUGGAUCAAAUAUUCAAAGCCAGCUACGGUUUGGAGGCCCUGGGAGACUCCAUAGCUCAGUUACAUACUUACUGGUAUAAGGAAAGCCCUCACAAAGUACCAUAUGAGAGAAAUGAGUUGUCGGAAGCCUACAUACCAUUGGGUGAAGGAGAUUUUUAUUACCACGCUGCUGUUUUUGGAGGCACAGCCACUCAGGUUCUCAAGAUUACUAAGGAGUGUGCCAAAGGAAUUAUGAAUGAUAAGAAACAUAAUAUUGAAGCAAUUUGGCACGACGAAAGCCAUCUAAACAAGUACUUCUUCCUCCACAAACCCACUAAACUCUUGUCGCCAGAAUUUUGCUGGGACUUACGUAAGAAUAAGACUCCUGAUAUUGAGACUGUGAAACUCUAUUGGAAUUUUAAGAAUUAUGAAUUCCUGAGACAUGAAGUAUAAUUUUAUAGCCUUUUCCUCACAUUUCUGAAUUUAAGAGUAUCAGUUUCCUUGGAAAAUUAGUACCUGGCACAUUUUAACAAUAAAAAUUCGUUACCAAAUGGCAAGCCACCAACAGUGAGCUCACAUUCAUCUGAAUGAUGUAAUAAGGGCUCUAGGGAUCACAGAGAGUCCACUGGAAGCAUAUGGAGAGGGUGUUCCCAACAUAAUGUGUUAGCUCAUGAUGGAACAGAAUAGAUUCUGGAACUAGAAAAGUGAACUAAAUAUCCCAGUUGAUGAGAA